AUGGCCCGCCUCUCCACCCGCCUCUCCAUCCGCUGGGGCGACGACCCGGCGUCCGAACCGACGACCACCCUCGUCAUGAGCGUCGGCGGCUACUUUAUGGACCUGCGCGUCGUCAAAAGCGACAACGCCGUCGACUGGGCGUUUGCCGGCACGCGCGACGUUGUCGCUCGCGCGCCCCAGCUGCACUGCCGCUGGCACCACACAAUUGACUCGCGCAACACCUUUGCUCCGGACGAGGGGUGGUUUCAGGACCUGCCCAGCGGGAACCGCGACGGCGACGAAAACUACACCGACAGCCUGGAGACGGGGCGCAUGGCGUGUGCCGAACGGGGCGGCGCCGUCACGGCCUACGAGGAGGUGUGGCGGACGCUGCCGACGGACGGCGCGCGGGCGUGGAUCGUGAAGCGUGAGGAGGAUGCUGUGACGAUGACGACGAGCAACAUUACGUUUCUCGGGCGGGUGGGCCGCGAGUACUUUGCCAUGGUGCAGGCACGUGGCGGCGGGCCAUUGACUGUGCAACGAGAGACGCUGGAGGCAGCCAAUGACGGAGAUGGGGAUGGGAGACCGGAGGGACAGGAGGGACAGCAGGGCCACGACGGAAAAGAGCGCUGGGUGGUCAAGUACCGGUCGGGCGACGCGCCUCUGCCGUCCUUGGCGGCGAACAAGCUGUCUGCAUUUCCAAACGAAGAGACAUGGACGGAGGGAGACGAGGUGGACGUGUUUGGCGACGUGUACACUGUGUGUGCUACAGAGAAAAGUAUAUAA